AUGAAGGGGUCACAGUUGAUUUUUUCGAAAUCUUGGAGUGAACUCCCAGCUGAACCUGCAGUAACAUUGCCGUGGGAAUCAGGUUGUUGGAGGCACAUCAUAGGUGGUAAGAGUUUGUUCAACUUGAAACCUGCUACCAUGAAACGACCCAUGCCGCCACCACUGUUUUAUGAGAGUCCUGCUACAGCUCAGCUACCUCCUGAGAAAAAGCAGCGCGCUCAGAGUGUUGUUGCAACAUCUUGGAAACAGGUAGUCAAAAGUGGAGUUGAAGACAGCUGGACGGAGAUGAGAGACUCACAGUUUCAAAUUGCUCUCGAACGGUGGUUAGAUGUGCUUUUGCAGUUGCCUGACAGUUGCAGCGUCGUGGUACAGCUGAGACAAGUUGGAGAUGUCUCACAUCAGUUGAGGAUGCUGCGUGACAUUUUUUGUAGAAAGGCGCCUCAGACUUUGCUCAAGAGAUGUCACUCCUUUUUGCGUUUCGUGCACCACCUGAAGCUCACAGGCAAAUCUUUUCCAGGCUCAGAAAGUGACCUUUAUGCAUACUUGUGUCAUCUUCGUGAUUCAGGUGCCGCCACAUCCAACUUGCAGAGCAUUGUACAAGCUUUGAAUUUUGCACAGCAUGUUGUUGGAUUGCAAGAGCUCAUGACAAUCACGAUGUCAAGGAGAUGCAUAGGUGCUGUAGGCACCAAGAAUUCUGGACCGAAGAGGCAAGCACAUCCGUUCAAGGUUGCAGAGGUCAUGGCACUCCACUCAGCACUGCACGACACUUUUGAAGACCCCUGGACUCGUGUUUUUGCAGGCACAGUGCUUUUUGCAAUUUACAGUCGUAGCAGGUGGAUGGACAUGCAACAUGCUGAGUUCAUGGAGGUCGAUUCAGAUAUGACUGGAGCUGUAGCCUUUGUGGAGCUGCACAUUUCAGUUCACAAAUGUCAAGAGUCAACUGCCUUUCGCAACACCUUUUUGACAGCUGUUUCACCGAACUACGGGGUCACUAAUGAACCGUGGAUACAGGUAUGGCUGGACAUCAGGCAACAACUUGGCAUCGACUUGAGCUCAGGCCUUCCCACAUUGCCAGCCCCAAACUCAGAAGGUGCAGCUACAAAGCGUCCAUUGGGAACAGACGAAAUGAAGCAAUGGUUGCAUAUGGUGUUGGCCGCCAAAGGGAUUUGUCUUGAUGGCAGAAGGCUCACAUCACACAGUUGCAAGUGCACCAUUUUGAGUUGGCUGGCAAAACGUGGUGACGAUUGGGCUGACCGCAUGGCGCUGGGUGGACAUGUCUCAUUUAUGAAAUCUGCCAUUGUUUACAGCAGGGAUGCUAUGGCUAGACCGCUUAGACUGCUGGAAUCAUUGUUGCUUGACAUCAGAGUUGGACGAUUUGCACCGGAUGAGACAAGGAGUGGAAGAUUCAAGGACAUCUCUUCGGAUGUUGCAGCCCAUUGCAUGCAAUCCAAUGAAGUGAGCUUUCAAGACGGCGCCGGUGAUUUGUUCAGCCAUCAUGUUGAACCGAGUUUGAGUGUGCCGCCUGAAGUUGUUGACUUGGAGGCCGAUUGCAACAGUGAAGUCAAGCUUGAGGAUCAAGAGAGCAGCAACUCAGACUCCGAUGCGCCCACCACCUCAUCAAGUGAGGACGAAGAAGGAGCUCAGUACACAGGAGCAGCACGUUCAAUGCGGUUGCCUACCAUUCCAAAGCGUUGCAACGAGCUGCAAGACGGGUUGCAUGAAGUCUUCAGUGACGCUGGUAUCAACACCUUCUCGUCACUCGCUUUUGCAGUUGGCACGCCUCAGAGUGCACCAGCUGAUGAUGACAUGCAGAGGUUUACAGACAGAUUGAUGGGCGGCCCAGCAACAUUAGCAGAUCUGUCUGUGGUCAAGCGCAUUCACUUCGAGGCAGUCACUUUGGUCAUGGUCGACCUCCAGAAGCAUUCGUCAGCCCAAGACAUUUCAGAACCAGGGCGUAGCCUACCGUUUGUCGAGAAACAGCGGAGACUGGCAGCGCAACAGGCCAGAAUCACUGGGAUCAGCCACAAGCACGAGCAGCAGGCGUCUCAUGCUUUGAUCGACGCAUGUUUCCAGAUGAUUGAGAAUGGCUCUUUAGUUUACAUAGCCCCAUCGAAGUGUGGGCGUGGUUUGGCGUUUGACCUCGUAGGUCUUAUGUCUUGGGAAACGCAUACGGAUUGGAGCAAUAAGCUCUUCAGGGCCCUUAUGGCUGAUGCAAUUCCGAACUUCAGCCCAAUCUCCAUUGACCAGUUGUUGCGUGCAGACCAGGAACUUUUCUUGCUCCUAGCAGCUGAGCACACUGGUGCGUUGAAAGCCGCUGCAGCAGACGCGGAUCCACCUCUUGACCAAGAAGUUCGCAGGCUCAUGAAUGACCCCAGGAUCAACGUCCAUCUCACUCCGAUUCAACGAGUUGAGAAACGACCAGCACCAAUUGGCUCACCUUCCCAAGGGCCUCCAAACAGGAACAACACGAACAAGAAGCAGAAAGGAGAAGUGCCCAAGACACCUAGCCAGGGCAUGGAGCAGCAGAAUGCAGUGGAGAAAGGGCCUCGUGACAAACCAGGCAACGCAGCCGCAGUCCGAGAUCACCUCUGGCUCUCAAAGGCCUGUCGCAAUGCUGGCUUUAGAGUGACAGCAGUUGACAAGGAUGAGACCAGGGCAGAAAAUUUUGCAAUUUACAAGUGCGACCUCACCAAUGCCGAGGACCUCGCGCUACUUUUUCAAUAUGUCGAGGCCGAAAAGGAAGAGCUGUUGCAUGUGCACUUUGCACCCAGCUGUGGAACGGCGUCCAGGGCACGUGAAAAAGCUCCUGGACCUCCUCCAUUGCGAUCAGACGAACACCCUGAUGACUUUGUCAAUGAAGCAUUUGCCAAAGGGCAUCCUAGAGAUGUUGUUGCGAAAGUACCUCCGUCGGUCAAAGCCCUUCUGAAAGAUUUGGUUGCCGGGAAAAGAGAAAGACGUUUUGAAAAGCGCGCCACUUUCAUGAAGAAGUGGCUAAAGCGCUCCCUGGAGUUGCGCGCGGAUGAGGUAAAGCUGCAUCAGAAACUGCCGCCCCACCUGGGCAAAAUCCUUAGAGGAAAGCGCUUGUUGCUCUUCAAAGAAAUUCUCAUUGAUUUACAAUACAAAGAUGUUAGCAUUGUGGAUGAUAUAAUUUCUGGUUUCAAGCUCACUGGAUGGGCGCCUCAGACAGGCGUGUUCGACCCUGACGUACGCCGACCUCAACUGACGGUUGAGCAGCUUACCAAGAUGGCUCCUGGGAUUAAUGCUCGGGUCAUCAGAUCUGUGGAUGAAGCGCCAGCAGACCAGACAACUGAGCAUGUUUGGGCAGAGACGUGGGCAGAAGUGGAUAAAGGCUGGUUGCGGCCUGCUGAUUCUUCAAAGGACUGCUCUGUUGCCAAGCGGUUCGGUUUGCAACAAAAGAACAAAAUACGCAUGAUUGAUGACUUCAGUGUCAGCCGAAUAAACCAUACUUAUGGCAUGCGGGAAAUAAAGGGGAGAACAUUUGACUUGCGAUCAGCUUACAAACAGUUUGGUGUGGAUCAAUGGCACAGCGAGUUCCUUCAAAUUUGCGUCAAAAACCCUGAAGGGGGUCAUGGUUUAUUUGGCGUCAAUGCUUUGCCCUUCGGGGCAACUGGCAGUGUCACUAGCUUCCUUAGAGUGUCCAAUGCACUGGCUUACAUCGGACACCAUGGACUAGAUCUCAUUUGGUCGGCUUUCUUUGACGACUACACUGCUAUCUGCACAGAGUCUGAAGAGGACAAUGUGACCUUUUAUAUUAAGUCACUCUUUAGAAUGCUUGGCAUUGACUUCGCAACAGAAGGAGACAAGGCUCCUCCAUUUCAAUCCAAGUUCAAGACACUGGGCUUGGAGUUCAAUUUGGAAAACCUCAACACAGGGAGCAUUCUAGUCAGUCCUUGCGGUGUGAUCACCGAAUACUUCGGAGAACAACUCAUGCAGACACUCACUGAAGAUCUUUUACAUGAAUCCAAACACCCAAUCUAUGAACUGGAAGUGCUGCCGCCACUCUUGGCUCUGCAAGCCUGGGGCCAUUACAUCACUGGAGCACCUGUCGUGUUCUAUUUAGACAACGAUGCAGCAAGGCAUGCAGUGGUAGGAUUUCCUGUGAGUGGCACCUGGAGAUUCUAUCGAAGUAUCUCCCUUCCUUUCGGUUGCACUGGCUGCAGGGUGCUUUCUCUUGCGUUCAGCGCAGUGCUGGACAUGCUGGGUUGGGGACACGCAAAAGAGGGCGAUAAAGCGUUGAACUUUGCUGGUGCCUUUGACUUGUUGGGCGUGAACUUCAACCUUGCUUUGACUCCCAAGGGGAUUUUGCAGGUCACCAACAAAACUACGAGGAUCGAAAAGCUGUGCGCUCUUUUGGACAAGGUCAAGAGCGAGGACUCACUCAACCACAGGUGA